AUGGCUGGUUUACUGGUGGCCGAAAAAAAUGUCGCAGACUGGACACCGGAGGUCCUUCUGCGAGAUGUACAAGCGAAGCGAGAAAUCUGUGACAAGAAUAGAUGGACCUUCAGACGCGGUGGCCACAACAUUCAGUUGAGGGACACGGCAGACAAAGUUCUGAAUUGGUUGGACAAAUUCAAGGCAGUUGGGGACAUUGUGUCGAAUGUCGAUCCACUCCAUGCUGGAGUGCCCUGGGCUGGGAUCAGGUUUCUAAUCCAGGUGGUUCAAUCAGAGAAAACCCAAAUGGAAGCUCUUUUCUGCGGCCUUAAUAGGAUCUGUUAUAUUCUCUACCGAUGCCGGCUCUACGAGGGUCUCCUCCAGUCAUGUCAAAGCUCGCCUCAAGCAUGCCAGAACCUUCACUCAGUCCUGAUAGAAUUCUAUACCGUAAUCCUAAGGUUCUUAGUUCAAGCAGCAUAUGCUUACGAGAGAACCUCCCUACAAAGAGCCUUUGCUGCCUUCUGGUCAUCCGACGACAUUCAAGAUCUAGAAAAUAAAUGCCAAGAGCUUGAAGCUCGCGCAGAAAUUGAAGCGCAGAACUGUGAUAGAUCCGAGUCGUCGGAAGCACGAAAACUUUUACUCAAUUUGCCGGUGGUCAAGGAUCUAACGGACUCAAUGUCUACCACAAUUACUGCCAUUUCGGCAAACCUACAGGAAAAAGAGGCCGGGGAUAUCCUUAAGUGGAUUUCUAGAAUCCCAUAUGAGGAUCAUCACAGAUCUGUCUGUAAAGGCCGCACAGCCAACACUGGUGGAUGGCUCUUUGAACAUGCACAAUAUCAGAAGUGGCGACUUUCGGAGAAGUCCACAAUAUUAUGGAUACACGGUAUUCCCGGCGCUGGUAAGACCAGGCUUAUUUCCCGAGUCAUUGACCAUCUUGUCGAUCAUCAGCCAGAUACUACUAUAGCUUACUUCUAUUGCAACCGCUACGAGACCUCACGCCGUAACCCCACACACGUCUUGCAGAGUUAUGUCAAGCAACUAUCCAAGUCUCCAUCGAACGGCGCCAUUCAGCAGGUCGUCAUUGAUAUCUAUAAAGAGAACCAACGCAAAGGUGGAGCAUCAGCAAAUCUGAGCCUUGAAGAAAGCGAAAGACUUGUUCUUGAAUUGACGAAGGCAUAUGCAGAGACAAUACUGAUUCUAGAUGCCAUGGAUGAAACCUAUAUGGAAGAUCGAGAAGACCUCAUGGAGGCAUUGGAUCGCUUGGUAUCGCAAUCUGCCAAUCUCAAAGUUUUGAUUUCCAGCCGACGCGAUAACAAUAUUAAGCGACGGCUUCAACUGGAAAUCAAUCUUGGUAUUGAGGCAACUGAUAAUCAAGAUGACAUCAGCAAGUUCGUCCAUGAGAGAAUCCAGCAUGCGCAGCAAAGCCGACACCGGAGCAGGCCAAUAUCUGAAGGGUUACGAGAUGAAAUUGUUACAACCCUUCUAGAAAAGAGCGAGGGGAUGUUUCAAUGGGCUGCCCUACAGAUCAAGGAAAUUCUAGAACUUCAACUUGAGAAAGAUAUCCAAAAGCGACUGGGACGGCUGCCAAAGGGCUUACAGGCAGCGUAUGCUGAGAUCUUCAAAAAAAGAAUCAAAAGCUCCGCGGGCAGCAUGCCAGAGAUUGCAAGUCGAGCAUUCCAGUGGGUCCUUUUUUCUUUCGAACCCCUACCUUCAGAUGCAUUAGUUGCGUUUGUAAGUCGAGAAAUGGAUCAUGGAAGGAUUGAGCAUGUCGACUUGGAUAUACAUGAUGUGCUUGACGCCUGCUGCAACCUUUUGGAAGUCGACAAAGACUCUGAACUCUGCCGCUUCUCGCAUUUGUCUGUACAGGAAUAUUUGGAACAGCACCAUUACCAUGCCAACAAAUCUGCUACCUCUCAUCGUGGAAUAGCAACAGUGACCAUCCAAUGCCUACUUGAGAACAAUGCUUUCGAAAUAACAAAUGAGAAUCUUGCUGAGAGAACGUCAUUGACAUAUGCGGCAAGGUUCUGGCAUCUCCAUGCCAGGAAGUCCUAUAAGCUUGAGGUCUCGAAGGGCUUGAAGGGCUACAUUAGCAUGAUGUUCAGCAAAGAGUUCUCUCUGGCAUUUUCAAAUUGGCUAUGCAUCCACGAUUGUGACGAGGAUGAUUUCGACAAGGAGCCACCAGCAAGGUCUUUCCAGCCCGUUAAGGAAGGCUUCCCCGGUAGAUUAUAUUACGCGUCGCGAUUCGGGUUUGAGUUCAUUGUGGAAAAUAUGCUGAGAGAAGAUACGGAAGUGACUCGAGAAGCCAACCUCAGGAGCCCUAUCGUCGCAUCAGCCGUUCAUUGCCACCCAGGGGUAUUACGACAGCUGCUAUGUGCUCAGUCUUCGCAGACUAUUCAGCCAGAGGAUGUGUGUUACAUUAUAGAGAAGAUCGACGGAGACCUGAAAGAGACCAUGAUGGUCUUACUGGAUUCGCGGACCCUGGAUCAUGAAGAAGAAGUGCACAACUCAACACAGAAUUGGAGAGAAAGAAUAAUAAAGGAAGAUGUACUCACUGCUGCGGCAAAGAACCUGAGAAAGGGGGACAAGGUCAUGACAAUUCUUCUUAGUAAAUGGGGAGCAAGUAUGCCUAUCACAGCUGAUGUCGUCAAGACCGCAGCAGGGAACACUGAGAUUGGCGAUAGGGUUAUAACCAUUCUCCUCCAGGAACGUGGAACCGAUGUUCCUAUCACAGAGGCAGUGGUGAAGGCGGCAGUAGGGAAUAAGAACUGCGGGGGUAGGCUUCUAAUGACUCUACUUCGCCAUAGAGCUGAGAUCCCUAUCACGGAGGAUGUGGUGAAAGAAGCAGUAACCAAUUCUUCGGGGGGAGAAAUCAUGACUAUCCUCCUAGAGGAACGCGGAGCCGAUAUCCCCAUCACAGAGAGUGUUGUCGCCCGAAUUGUUGGAAGUCUAAACGAAAGAGUAAUAGCGAUUCUUCUCAAUAAACGGGGGUCGGAAAUCACGAUCACAGAGGAUGUGGUUGGAGCAGUGGCAGGGAAUUAUUCCAACAGAGAAGAGGUCAUGGCCACUCUACUGGAAAAGCGCGCAGCCAACAUUUCUAUCACAGAGGGUCUUGUUGCUCGAAUUGCCGAGAGCUUUAGUGAAAGGGUGAUCUCGAUACUUCUCGCGCAACGCGGGCCCGAUAUUCCUAUUACGGAGGAUGUCCUCGAGGCGGCGGCCGGGAAUAGUAAGAGCGGAGACAAGAUCAUGGCCACUCUCCUCGAGAGACGCGGAACUGAUAUCCCAAUCACAGAGGUUCUUAUUGCUAGAAUUGCGAAGAACUUCGGCGAAAGCGUGAUGAUGAUCCUUCUCAAGAAAUGCGGAGACGACAUCCCUAUCACAGUGGAUGUGCUCAAGGCAGCCGCAGGGAAUACUAAGAGCGGGGACAAAAUGAUGAUGAUUCUCCUCGAACGAACUGAUAUCCAUAUCACAGAGGAUGUGGUCGAGGCAGCGGCAAUAAAUCCUUGGAUCGCGGACAAGGUGAUGGGGGUCCUCUUCGACAAAAGUGGUGCCAGGAUCCCAAUCACAGAGCAUAUACUCAAGGCAGCAGCAGAGAAUUAUGCGAGUGGGAAAGAAAUAAUGAGCAUGCUUCUUGACAAAUGCGAAGUUGAUAUCCCGAUCACAGAGGAUGUGGUCAAGGCAGCGGCAGGCAAUUAUUGGAGCGCAGACACGGUGAUGAAAGUGCUCCUCGACAAGCGCGGAGCCGAUGUGCUGAUCACAGAGGACGUGAGGAAAGCCGCGACAGAGAAUGAGAACUGUGGGGACAGGCUCAUGACUAUUCUUUUAUGUCAUAAAGCUGAUAUCCCGACCAUUGAGGAUGUGAUCAACGGAAGAGAACGAGGUUUUUCGAGCAUAUCUGCCGAUCCCUCGAGUUUGAUACCCAGCUGUUUUGAUUCGGCACAUGGCCAGACCAAAACGACUUUGCCGUUAGCGCUGCAAGCAAUUGAAUCCACCGUGGGUCAAACCGAGACUCCGCGAGCGGGUUCCCGCAAAUACCUGCGUGCCUUUUACCCAUAUUGUCCGGCCGGGGGCUUCCUAUCAUCUGUUAUUCUCUCGCUGGACCCGGGAGACAUCAUUCUGGUCCACACCUUGCAUACUAGUGGCUGGGCUGAUGGUACAAAACUAGAUUCCAAACAGAGGGGCUGGUUGCCUACUAAUUAUUGCGUGGUAUAUGAUUGUCCGCCCAUGUACUCUCUCCUCAAGGCUGCGGCCGAUAUUUUCGAUAGCGUUCCAGACACAUUCGGCCCACCAAUGAAAGACUUCGCAAACCAAGAUUUCUUGCGAGGCGCUAACGCUGGAGUCCGGUUUCUUCUGGAACAGUCUGAAUGUCUCAUUUCGGAAGCCCCGCUAGUAAAGAGGUACGAUGAACUUCGAGCACUUCGCAAGGACCUACUAUCAAACCUUCUAUGUCUGUCAAUAAUCAUCAAGAAUUUCCAGAAUGUCGUUAACGGAGACCCUUCGAACGAUGUAAUCCAAAUUCUUCUGGAUGAGAUGAUUGACAGGGCCUUCGAGCUCGUCACUCGCGGCGCCCGCUUCUUUGAUCUCUUUCAUUCAUUGUAUGACAUUGACAUGAUUGUGACUUCCAUCGACGAAUCUGUCUCCGAUCCUUCUGCUGCUAGUCUUGAGCACCACCAGGAUCAGCCUACUGCUACCAGGGCGGAAGACAUCUCGAUCUCCCACUGGAUACCUUGCUCUGGCCCUUCAAUCGCUACCUGUGGCCAGAGAUCUGCGUAUAACCGUCUAGGAAGCACGUAUGAUGGGUUCCUCGACGUACUGAGGUCUUUGAUUGGCUUGCACUUGCAGCCUUCUUCAUCUAUAAAGUUUAUCAUUAUCGACACUGCAAAGCAGGCUGUGCAAUCAUGCCAGCUUUUGCUAAAUGUGGUACAGUCAGUAUAUGAGCAUCACGAUCAGCAUGAUAUGUUUCUCAAACAGGCGCAUCAUUUGAUGCGCGAGAAGAUUUCAGAGCUGGCGCACGCCGCUCAAGACGCAUCUCGCUCAGAAAAUUUACAUGAUGAGUAUACACGCUUGAUUAACGUCGCCAUUGCCUGUGUUCGUGCUGCAGGCGACUGUCUGACACAGGCUCGUCUGGUGGUUGGAGAAUUUGGAGACUUCAAUCUUGAAACAUCAGAGCAUGAGACAACAGAACAGAAUGUCAUAACCCACAUUAGCAUAACCUGA